AUGUAUGAGCACGAGGCGGAAUCGGACGAGGAUUGUGAGGUCUAUUUUCUAAAGCCAGUCAACGAGUACAACAUUGUCGACAAAAUCAAGGAGGCCAAUAAAGAGCUCUUCGACAAUGAGGGUCCACCACCUAAUGCGGCAUCUGGUACCAUGAGCGACAGUGCAAAUGGGCGCAAAGUUACCUUUGCCCCAAAUCUGGAGGAUUACGAGCCGAGCCCGUGCGAACAAAAUAAAUCAAACUCGGACAGCACGGAAGAAGAGGACGAUUCAUCAAUAUUGCUGGUGCAAGAACUGACAAGACUAACACUUAGAAGUGAACACUUCGCGCCAAUUGCAGAGGAAGAGGCGCCGGCAUUGAAGAGCUUGGAAUCCGAGUUCAUUGAAGACAACAAAGUUACCGAACCUGAGGCGGAAACUGAGCCACAGCAUCUACAGGAAACUGAACAAGAUCCUAAGGAACCGGAGGAGGAAGAAAUAUCUGAAGAAAUACUCGAUGUUGUUGACAUGGAAAGUCCAAUAACCAUCCCAAACCAAAAGCCUUCUCAACAACCAGAAGAGUCCGAAUUUAUAAAGGACAACGACUACGACGACGAUGAUUUUUCAGGAGUGGAUGAGAACGAUCUCUUCGAUUCAGAACAACGAAAUGAGGCAGCUCCCACGACAAUCAAUCAACGUCAUCUGGAUCGCCAAAUAACAUUCGACCAUGAUGGCGAAUCGGAUAAUAAAAGUUUGACCAAUUUACUGACCGAAUCAGACUGCGAAGAAGAUGAACGUGCAAUUAACGAAGCACGACUGAGACUCCGGCAGGCGUACAAAAGUCUCUACCAAACACUGGGUGCUGAGGAGCAGGCCAAGAUUGAUGAACUCACAGGGCCAACAAAAACAAAUCUCCAAAGCAAUGGUGCUGAUGAUGAAGACGAUGAUUUGUCUAUCAUAGUGGCUUCCUACAUACCCGACAAUUUCGAACUCAAUGAGCGCAGCAUUUAUUACAAAAAGGACGAGGAUUUAGAUGAACAACCUAAUGGGAAGCCGAGUAGUAACAAAAGCAGGGGACUCCAGAGAAGUGAGCAAUCCACAAAAAACUUCUUCACAACACGUCGCUUCUCGUUUCGACGUAAGGCCAAGCCCAGACCGACGGAACAUGUGCCGGACAUUAAACUAAACUACAAGACCUGUUGCGAGCAUCGCCACUCGCUGCAGGAGAAAUUGCCGCGGUACACGGGCUACCUGUCCGAAUACGGAUUGAGUGCGCAACAGCUGGACCGACGGGAUCAGCAGCUGCGACGCAAGCAGCACUUUGCAUUGGAACAGACGCUCAGUCGCAGUGAGCAGGAGCUGAAGAAGAUGCAGGAUAAUGAGCGUGCCUUCACCACCUGGCUGAAGAACAAAAUGCGUUAUCCCAUAAACAAGACCCGCAACAUGUUUGAUGCCAAGAUGAGACGCGGCAGCGUGGCCGCUCUUACCACACUGGCGCCCAGCAGCGCAUCCCACAGACAACAGCAGCACCAAUCGAACAAACAUCUUCAACAACCCCGCCUUGGGCGGCGGGACAGCAAUGAGGUGCAUGCGUAUCGUCAUCUGCUUGGGCAUUGGAACAAGUAGCCAACGAAUAAAAUAUACAUAAAUGGCUUCUUAAACAUAGGUUUAUUAAUAUUAUUAUCAUUAUUUAAUUUGUAAUACAAUCUUCAAUGGUGCAAUGAGAGUUAAAAAAUACAAAAAAUAUGAAUGGACGAGUAAA